AUGAGUUUGACCAAGUCUGAGAACGAGCAUGACUGGGCCAAUGCACAACACGUUAUCUGGGAUUAUAAUGCCUAUGACUUUCUGGACCAAGAAGAGCCACCCGAGGGGAUUGCCAAUCAAUCCUUGUGGAGACAGUCAAGACUCUGCUAUAUCGGUGGCAUCUUUCACGUAAUUGGUGCGCCUGAGGGUGUCAUCUAUCAAAUUCGCACGAUGGACCUUUCGAACAUGACCAUUGUCGAGAUCGGAAGCACGAAUGAGGUGAUUGUCAUUGAUACCUUGACCUCGGUGGAAACUGCAAAGGCAGCAUUUCAGUUGUACCUCGACCAGGUAAAGGAAGGUGCAUCAGUGAAAGUGAGAGCUAUUAUCUACACCCACUCGCACGCGGAUCAUUUCGGCGGAGCGAAGGCCAUCCUGCCGUACAAGGCAGACAAAGAUUUCCGUAUAUACGCCCCCAGCGGCUUCCUGGAGCACGCUGUGAGCGAGAAUGUCUAUGCCGGAAAUGCAAUGGCUCGCCGGUCUGUGUACAUGUACGGCGAGUCGUUGGAGAUCUCCCCCCGAGGUCAGAUUGGAGCCGGGCUUGGACUGGCUUUGUCACAGGGAACCAGCUCCCUAAUUGCACCCACCCACUAUGUCCAGCAAAAUGGCCCGCUGGACCCGCCCAUUGAAGGCAUGAAGAUUAUCUGCCAAUUGACCCCCGGCACGGAAGCGCCAUCCGAGAUGAAUUUCUUCUUCCCGACCCUUCAUGCCAUGUGCAUGGCGGAGAAUGCAACUCAUACCCUGCACAAUCUGCAGACCCUGCGUGGCGCCCCUGUCCGCGAUGCUCGACUCUGGUCCCGAUAUCUGGAUGAGGCGAUUGCUCUGUUUGGUGACCUCGCUGAUGUCGUCUUUUCCAGCCAUCAUUGGCCCACAUGGGAGACGGUUGAUGAGGAAGGGAAUCGGAAGAAAACCAUCAUGCAUUACUUGAGCAGACAGCGCGAUUGCUAUGCCUACCUCCAUAACGAGGCACUGCGUCAUCUGAAUGAUGGAAUGACCCCGGUCGAGAUUGCCGAGGUGCUGGAGAUGCCGCCGACCCUCCGAGACGUUUGGGAUCUCAAGGGCUACUACGGGUCUGUCAGCCACAAUGUCAAAGCCAUCUAUGACAAGUACAUGGGCUGGUUUGAUGGCAACCCGGCGAAUCUGUGGAAACACCCGCCCAAGGAGGAAGCUAUCCAAUACGUCAAGUGCAUGGGGGGCAUCGAUAACGUGAUUGGGCUGGCUCAAGGUUACAAGAACAAAAAUGAUCUUCGGUUCGCGGCUACAAUCCUUAAUAACGCGGUCUUUUCUGAUCCCACCAACGACAAGGCCAAGGAAGCUUUGGCUGGAAUCUAUCAGACCUUGGGUUACGGCGCAGAAAACGGGACCUGGCGUAACAUCUAUCUCACCGGUGCAAAGGAACUGAGAGGUGAGGUUCAAGGUGGCGUCAACAAGAUGGCACCCGAGACGUUGUUCGCCUUCAGCCUGGAUCAGCUAAUGGACACCAUGGCCAUCCGCCUAGACGGACGCAAGGCAUGGGAGACCGAACCUUUUGCCAUCAACAUGAUGGUUACGUACCCAAAGAGCAGCAAAGAUCCCGAAGGCUGGCACGCGCGAUUGAGCAACGCCGCCAUGACCGGCCGUGCCAUUCCAUAUGCAGCACCCGGAGAUACGUCGCCUAUUCCAGCUUCUUUGACCAUCUACGUCACCCAUGAACAGCUUGUCGAGCUAGUGAGUGGCGUGCGGAGGUCACUGGAAGGUCUUGAAACAAGCGGCAAUCCUGAAGUUUGGGAAUGUCUAGCCAACCUACUGACUACGCCCAACAAAGCAUUCAAUAUUGUGACGCCUCUCGAGUAUAAUCCCCAUUCAGCAAAAUAG